AUGUUCCAAAGACGCCAAUCGGUCCGAUUCAGGCAUGUCGCAGUCAACGCAGUCAACUCAAGUCUCCUGUUGCAAUUCAUCUCCCUUUGGCUCCUAAGCGCGUCGAGCGCCGUAUACGGACGCAGAUACGAGCGGGUACACGUGGCGCACAAGCGCCUGAGAGGCUCGGAAGCGUUGGAUGAAGCAGCAGCGUUGGGGUGGCAGGUGGACGCUUCCCGCGUCGUGCAGAUCUCCAUCCAGCCCCGGGCGUUCGUGUACCACGGAUUCCUCUCCCAUGCGGAGUGUGAUCACCUUGUUGCACUGUCCCAGCACAAGCUGCUCCGCCCAGGCAUGCUAGCCAACGGCACCUUUCUCCGGAAAUAUCAGGACGAGCGGGUGAGGGCUAUUGAAGACCGCAUUUCAUCGUGGCUCUUCCUCCCGCGUAAGCCAACGGAGCCCCAGCUGAUGCGCUACAACACGGGCCAGCAAUUCGACGUGCACUAUGACUAUUUCCAACACAAGGAGGACCACCAGGUGCUGCACCGGGCGGCAACGCUCGUCCUCUUCCUCUCGGACGUGGAGCGGGGCGGCGAAGUCACUUUCCCCAAAGGCAAGCCUGAGCGCGAGCAGGACUUUGGGUCCGUCUCAGACUGCGCUAAAGGCCACAUUGCUG